UAAGAAGGGUAAAACCCGGAGAAUGCAAAUAGUUCAUCCUAAUAAAACCUCUCUUCCUGCACUCCGGUUUCUCUGCUGGUAUACGAUUAAGAAGUAGCUACUUAAUUAGAAAAAACAUUUGUUGAAAAUCAGAAAUUUGUAGUAGAAUUUACAACCCAAAAAUGGAGGAGGAGAAGAAGAAGAGCAAAUUCGGUGGCCAAAGAAGGGAGCAAGGAAAGAGGGGAUUGGAAAUUGAAGGGUAUCAAAUUGAAGGGAUAUCAAUAGCAGGGCAUGAGACCUGCGUGAUAAUCCCUUCUCUCAACUUAGCUUUUGACAUUGGAAAAUGCCCACAACGUGCUAUUUCGCAACAGUUCCUCUUUAUCUCCCAUGGCCACAUGGAUCACAUUGGAGGACUGCCAAUGUUUGUUGCAACUCGUGGAUUAUACAGAAUGGCAGCCCCAACUGUAAUUGUGCCAAAAACCAUAAAGGAAAAUGUUGAAACGAUUUUUCAAGCACAUAGAGAUAUGGAUCAAUCAGAAUUGAACCAUACUUUGAUUGGCUUGGAUGUGGGAGAAGAAUUUUACUUGAGAAAGGACCUUAAAGUAAAAGCCUUCAAGACUUACCAUGUCAUACCCAGCCAGGGUUAUGUAGUUUAUUCAGUAAAGCAGAAACUUAAGGACGAAUAUAUUGGGCUUCCAGGGAACGAGAUAAAGAAAUUGAGGUUAUCAGGUGUGGAGAUUACAUAUACUACAACAACGCCUGAAGUUGCUUUCACAGGAGACACAACGUCAGACUUCAUUGUGGAUAGCAACAAUAUUGAUGCUUUAAGAGCAAAGGUCCUUAUUAUGGAAAGCACAUAUGUUGAAGACACCAUGACGGUGGAUGAUGCAAGGGAUUAUGGGCACACGCAUUUGUCAGAGAUAAUUCACCAUGCAGAUCUGUUUGAAAACAAAGCGAUUCUUUUGAUCCACUUUUCGUCUCGCUAUCAAUUGGAUGUCAUUCAACACGCAAUUUCUUCACUGGCUCCACCUUUGGCAGGCCGAGUAUUUGCCCUUACAGAUGGUUUCUAAUUUGUGGACCAAG